CACUGGAUGGUCUCAUGGCUUUGCAUUUUCCUUCCUUCCAUCUCCAAAAUUUCCCUCAGUUCCUCUCUUCCCAAACAAAAAGUCGCCCAUUUUCCUUCCGUUUUUCUCUUCCCAAACACCAGAAGCCAAGAGCCCUGCGAGAAUGGCGGGAGUACGAAGAUGCCGUGAAGGAGAAAGACCUCGCUCGAGCCCUUCGGUUCUUGAAAUCCGUGGAGACCAAUCCAAUCGAGCCAUUCAACGAUUCUUCUUCUUCGGAGCUGGGGUUGGUUCAAUCGGAGAGGGAUUGGGAGGUUCUGGACGCCUGUUUGAAUGCAGAUGAUAUGAAGCUUGUUGGGAGCGCCUAUUCGUUCCUCAAGAACAGAGGCUUCUUGCCCAAUUUCGGAAAAUGCAGAAAUAUUGUUUUGGAGGGAUCAAAAGAUGUUACGCCAACUGUGUUGAAGACUUCAACUGGUUUAGAAGUGUCUAAACUUUCACCAAAAAAAUGGGGUCUUUCGGGAGGCUCAAGUGCUGCUUUAGCAGCUUUUCUUGGUGGGGUAUCUCUUCUUCUUUCUCGAGGGAUCGAUAUCAGACCUAACCUUGCAGCCAUACUUGGUCUUGCUAUCAUAGAUGCUGUCUUCCUCGGUGGUUCCUGUUUAGCUCAAAUCUCAAGUUAUUGGCCUCCAUAUAGGCGUCGGAUCCUAGUUCAUGAAGCAGGCCAUCUGCUGACUGCUUACCUUAUGGGUUGCCCAAUUCGUGGGGUGAUUUUAGACCCAAUAGUUGCAAUGCAAAUGGGCAUUCAAGGCCAGGCAGGGACUCAAUUUUGGGAUGAGAAACUGGAAAAAGAGUUAGCUGAAGGCCGCCUAAGUGGUACUACCUUUGACCGAUACUGUAUGGUCCUUUUUGCUGGAAUUGCAGCUGAAGCUCUUGUUUAUGGUGAGGCCGAGGGUGGAGAAAAUGAUGAGAACUUAUUCAGGAGCAUUUGCGUUCUUCUGCAACCUCCAUUAACUAUUGGACAGAUGUCAAAUCAGGCAAGAUGGUCAGUUCUGCAGUCCUACAACCUGCUCAAAUGGCACAAACAUGCCCACCGAGCUGCUGUCAAAGCUCUAGAGAGCGGUGGCAGUCUGAGUGUUGUCAUCAGGAGGAUCGAGGAAGCCAUGUCUUCCAGUAGGUGAUCAGAAAGCCCUACAAUAUACUGAUGUUUUCUCCAAUAUCACAUACAAGCUUUUACAGGACAGAAUUAAGUUAUACGGGCUCUGAGUCCAGAUUCCAUAUAGCCCUCCCCGUUUCCGAGUUCGGUCACUCGGCCUCCGGGUUGACCCCGUUUAGUUGACAGUUGAUAUCAAUAUUCUGUCCAUUGGAUGAAGUUCCCCACCGGAGGCAGAUCAUAAUGAUGAACUACUUGUCUUAACAAGGUACUGACCAUAUUGCAACUUAGCAUUCUUAGGGAGGAGCUUCAUCAUGUUACAUAACUGCUUACUGAAUUUGGUACAAGGAAAAUAUGCCCAAAUUCUGUGCUGUGUCAGAUGAGUAUUGCUUGCUCAUGACAUGUUAAAUUGCCUGUUUUUCAGUUUCUUUUCCUGUUUUUCUUUGAUCUGCUUGUUAUAAUUAUCAGAUGUUCAUUACUACUGUUUGUUAUCAAAUUAAAUAACGGCUCCAAACAGAGUUGGAGUAAGAACCAAACAUGUUCAGUAGA